GUUUUCUUAGUAUAAAUAAAGUGUCCGCGCCUUUCGUGAAUCAUAUUGAACACAGAAGCAAGAAGAGUUUCUAAGAAGACGUGUUGGUGAAAUUUACUUCGAGGUUAAUCGUGUAAAGAUGCAGAUCUUCGUGAAGACCCUCACAGGCAAGACCAUCACCCUUGAGGUGGAGCCCAGUGAUACCAUUGAGAAUGUGAAGGCCAAGAUCCAGGACAAGGAGGGCAUCCCCCCAGACCAGCAGCGUCUGAUCUUCGCUGGCAAGCAGCUGGAAGAUGGCCGCACCCUCUCCGACUACAACAUCCAGAAAGAGUCCACCCUCCAUCUUGUGCUGCGUCUCAGGGGAGGCAUGCAGAUCUUCGUCAAGACCCUCACUGGUAAAACCAUCACACUAGAAGUGGAGCCCAGUGACACCAUUGAGAAUGUGAAGGCCAAGAUCCAGGACAAGGAGGGCAUCCCCCCAGACCAGCAGCGUCUGAUCUUCGCCGGCAAGCAGCUGGAAGAUGGCCGCACCCUCUCCGACUACAACAUCCAGAAAGAGUCCACCCUCCAUCUUGUGCUGCGUCUCAGGGGAGGCAUGCAGAUCUUUGUCAAGACCCUCACUGGUAAAACCAUCACACUAGAAGUGGAGCCCAGUGACACCAUUGAGAAUGUGAAGGCCAAGAUCCAGGACAAGGAGGGCAUCCCCCCAGACCAGCAGCGUCUGAUCUUCGCCGGCAAGCAGCUGGAAGAUGGCCGCACCCUCUCCGACUACAACAUCCAGAAAGAGUCCACCCUCCAUCUAGUGCUGCGUCUCAGGGGAGGCAUGCAGAUCUUUGUCAAGACCCUCACUGGUAAAACCAUCACACUAGAAGUGGAGCCCAGUGACACCAUUGAGAAUGUGAAGGCCAAGAUCCAGGACAAGGAGGGCAUCCCCCCAGACCAGCAGCGUCUGAUCUUCGCCGGCAAGCAGCUGGAAGAUGGCCGCACCCUCUCCGACUACAACAUCCAGAAAGAGUCCACCCUCCAUCUUGUGCUGCGUCUCAGGGGAGGACAGUAAAAGUUUCCCCUGCUUCUGUUUUGACAAAUGUUAUCAGUUUUUCACUUUUUUUUUUAUUGAAGUCAUUAAAGGCUAAAUGAAUGCAA